AUGUCCUCACCAUCGAAUAAUAGCUGUGAAAACCCUUAUCCAUCCCUAUUGGCCGCUCUGCCGAAUGGAUAUGCAAUCAGAAGAUUUACUGGUUUUCGGCAACUCUAUUUGGACGCAUCUAAUGUGCGCAAGCUCCUUGAAGAGAGCUCAGAAACCGAUGGCAACCAGUUCCUUGUUCUGUUGGGUCUCUCGGAACGAACUAUUGACAAAAUUGCGAACAAUGGAUUAACUGGUAUAAAUUACCGGUUUGCAUGGGAAGGAUCUGUCGGGCUCAUUAAAGUUGUUCCUGGGAGUGGCCAUGAACAGGUCACAGGAUGGUAUGGCUUAAAUUGGGAGCAAUGGGAGGAGGUGAUUAUCUCGACGAACUGGCUACGGGUGGCGCAGCAACCUAUCGUCCAACUAGCAACAAAGGCAAAGAAGCACAUGAAUGUUUCCUUCCCCUCAGCCGCAGAGGUUUACAUGGAGAACCCGCUGGUUGGCCAACACUGGUUGUAG